AUGACCGUCGAGCUUAAGCCUAUCAACGGAACAGAUUUCUAUCUCUGGAAAUACCUUCCUUCGUUACCAGCAGCAAUAGCAUCGGCUUUGUUGUUUACAUUCGUUACCGUCCCACUUUGCUGGCGCAUAAAGAAGGGACAUGGCCGCUCUCUCUUCUUCUGCAUACCUUUCGCCAUUGGGGGAGCCUUCCAGGUGAUUGGAUUCGGCACCCGGAUAAUCUCCUACUUCUACACAAACGAAAUCGCACCCAACGUCAUUCAAAGCAUCUUCAUCCUCCUUGCGCCCGUUUUCUACGCUGCCUCAAUCUACACAGUUCUUGGACGCCUCAUCCGGAGCAUCCACGGCGACCGGUUUUCGAUCGUCCGGCCGACAAGAAUGACCAAGAUAUUCGUCUUGGGCGACUUCGUGGCCCUCAACGUCCAGGGGAACGCUGCUGGCUUGACCGCCAAGGACAACCUGCGAAAGAUUGGCGAAGGCAUUGUCAUCGCGGGGCUAUUCAUACAGAUAUUCUUGUUUGGAUUCUUCAUAAUCGCUGCUGCGGUAUUCCACAGGCGAUACCGGAGACACCUGUCCAAGACAUCCGAGCCGAGCCUGGACGUCCCGUGGAGGCAGGGUUUGAGGAUGAUCUAUGCCUGUAGCGCCCUGAUCAUGUUUAGAUCUGUUUUUCGCGUCGUCGAGUACAUCAUGGGCGUCGAUGGGUACUUGCUCUCGAAUGAAUGGCCCAUGUACGCCUUCGACACCAUUCCUAUGUGGAUCGUCCAGGUCAUCUUUCUUCUGUGGUUCCCAGAUAAAUUUCACGUUCCCCCGGUCGAUGACGGCGAGGUCGUGCUCCUUGGGCGAAUAAGGGAGAGAUAUAAAGGCUUGCUCUCGCGGAGCGCAUGA